AAAAUUUCUUUUUAAAGGAAGCCAUUGUCAGAAAAAUGGAGGAAAACUUAGAUAGCUAUGAUUUAUGCGAUUUGUCAGACCAUUCGGAAGGGGCCAAUUCUGUUUUAGUUAGUGGUACUGGCUCAAAAAUUUCAAAGCCUAUGAACUUUCAAAUGUACCAAAGCACCAAACGUAAUAAACAAGAGGAAUUUGAAAAUGUAGAUUUUGAUCUAGGGUCUGCUCGUCAGAGGUAUACUACAAUUACUCCUCCAUCUCUAGCUAAGAAGAAUUAAGUCCUCUGGGUCUUUUCUAUUCCAAGCAGAUGAUGAGUCUUUAGAAAAAUUAAGAAAAACACAAAAAUAAUGUAAUUAAGAAGAAAGGAGUAAUAAAAAGAGUCUUAAGUAAGGUGACAUCUGGCAAGGAUGAUAUUAAGGAUGAAGAAUUAAUCAGCCUUUCUUCAAAAGACACCGAAAAAUCCCAAAUUAAGUUACUCCAGAAAUUUAUCAGGCAAGGGAUGGCUUCUCAACGGGAUAAGGAAGAAUUCGUCAUCUUGAUUCUGAGAAAUAAAGGCCUAGCUCCUAAUAUAAGGAAGAAAUUAUGGAUGAUCCUUGCAGAAGUGGGUAAGAAUAUGAAAACUUCCCCUAAUUACUACUAUUUCCCCAAGGGAUAUAGUUACGAAGAAGGCUCCCGGAUCCAUGGAUCUCAUUCAGGAUUAGAGCAGAGUACAAAUAGACACCGUUUGUUGUAUUCGUACCCUCACAUGCCUGAUAUUUACGAAAAGCAGAUUCUGCUAGAUCUUGAGAGAACUUUCUGAGAUGAGCCUGAAUUUUGAACCAAAAACGAUAAGAACAAACGAAUCUUGCUCAAUAUUCUUCUUUCUUACACUAAGAGGAAUUCUACUAUUGGAUAUUGCCAAGGGAUGAAUUACCUUGCUGCAACUCUUUUCAGAGUUUUUGAAGAUGAAGAACUAGCUUUCUGGGGGCUCUGAAAUCUGUGUGAGUCAGUCCUUCCGCUUGAUUAUUACUCUCAUAUGGUUGAGGUAUUAGUCGACCAAAAAGUAUUUGUUCAUCUACUACAAGAAAAGAAACCAGAAUUGUAUGCGCAUUUACAAAAUUUAGGACUUGAUGUCGCACUUGUCUUAUUCCAAUGGUUUAUAUGCUUAUUUGGAUCACAAUUCAAUCGAGAAGUAACCGAGGCAAUAUGGGAUCUGAUACUUCUGGAGAAAUCGGUAGCUGUCUUCAAGUCCUCCCUAGCUAUAUUUGAUAUUAUGGAGGAAGAAAUUUUGAAUUCUAGUGAUUUCUCUGAUAUUUAUCCAUUACUUAAUGAAAAACCCUUUGAGAUCGUGAAUCAAGCUUCUGUAAUUAUGAAAAGCCUAAAGAAAUUUGUUGAUAUCAAUUCCUCACAGAUUGAGAAGCUUCGUGAUAAUUAUAGGCCGAUAAUAUUAGAAGAGCAACAGAAAAGUUAUAACAGUACCAAAUCAGUAUCAAAAAUACUUAAAGAGCCUAUCUCAACUAGGAGGAUUAAGCUGCUUUCAAAGUUCCCUCUUUUAGAUUUCUACUUACGGGAAUCUCUUGAAGAAAAGCUCACUCGAAUGGAUAAAGUAGACCUUGUCGUUAAAGAUUACGAAUGUCAAGAUCAGCCAAUCUGUCUAUACGAUUUUACUUUCAGAGCAAAAUCAUGAAACUUUUUGGUAUAUAGAGUCGGAUGCCCUGUUGCUGUCUAUGAUGAUUAUUUUGGAGGUGAAGAAGUAACAUCUGGUGGACCAAAAAUGCCAAAUAGUUUUAUAUUCACAUCUGAAGCAUCACAAAGAGCCCAUAAAGACGAUUCUUAUGAAAAAAUCACUUCAAGCUUAAACACCAAAGCUAAUCCCCCUCCAAAUCUCACCAAAUACAGUGACUCCGAUCUUCUAAUCUGUCGGGAGACACAUCUCUGCACCAAUUCAAACUUCAGUGAAGAAUUCCAAAACCUGUUCAACACAAACUGCCCCUCCCUCUUCACUCCCCAACUACACACAUUAAUCUUUGAUUUCAACGGCGACGAGAAGGCAAGCGAACUCGCAAAAGUAGAAAUCUUGAAGAUCCUGAAGGAUGACGUACAGAAGAUACAGGAAGACCAUACAGGCAAUAGGAAGAGAGGGAAAGCAGUAGUUGAGAGGGAGCUAGAGGAGGAAAAGGGAGGAGACAAGGAAGGGUUUGAUAUUGAAGCAUUUAUCCAGGAGAUUGAGGAAGGAUGGUCUAUGCCUGAUGAGGAUAUUAGUAAAUAUAUUAAAAGAAAGCAGAUAAUAUCCAGUGACUCUGAAAAAUCACCUAUCCAUCGUGCUUCUGAAUUCGACUUCAUGGCAGUCUUAAAAAAUAAGGACAACAUGAGAGGCACCUUAAUGCUGAUGAGCACCAUGUUCAAAGAGACAGAUAAGAGUAGCAACUGUGGAGAAAGCCAUAUUUAGUUUCAAUUAGACCACA